AUGCACACAGAGCCCUGCCACUCUCGACGGCCUCCACCUCUCACGCUGCUGCUGCGUGGCUUCGCCGCCGGGCUGCUGCUGCUGCUGCUGAUCGCGCUAUCGAUACGCAUACACAGAGGGGCGCUCUCGGGCGAGCCGACCGCUCUCGCGUCCUCCAGCGCCCUCGCAGCGGCCUCCUCCGCCUUCACGCGGACUGCGAACAGGGCGUCUGAGGCUGCGUCAGCGGCCUCCUCCGCCUUCACGCGGACUGCGAACAGGGCGUCUGAGGCCGCGUCCGACACAUUCGUCCCCGAGCGGUUCACUCCGCCCUCCGGCCUGCCGCCUGGGACCACGUGCGAGUACCUCCCGCCGUGGCUCGAGGCGGCCAUGAACAGCAUGGUGGCCAAGGCGGUCCAGCUGGAGGUGGGCAAAAUCCCCUUGGUGGACUUUUCCCUUUGGAAAAUCCGGAGGGGCGCCUGCCCAAAGCCGAAGGUCUUCCCGGAGGGCCCCAGGGGGGCCCACCAGGGGGGGCCCAGUGGGCCCCCGGGCUUUUACUUCGCCGGUUUUUGGGAGGGGUACACGCCGCAGCUGCUGCCAGACGCAUACGUCGUGCGCGUGCGCGACGUCAACGUCACCGAGUCGGUGCGCGCGCACUACGCCGGCGUGUACGGCUUGGGGGCCUUCGGCAUCGACGCCGUCUGCCAGCUGCGCGGAGAGCUCGAGGUGGUCGCCGUGUACUCGCGCCCCGCCGCGCUGGGCGGCACGACGGGCAACGACCACGGGGAGGUGGUCGAGGGGGGAGGGACAAAGGUGACGGGCUGCAACGCGCUCUUCGACGUGCGCUCGACCGACCUGUACGGGCCGGGCGGGCUCGAGCUGCAGGAGGUCGGCACGCCGGUCUCGCUCCCGUUCGGGCGGCUGCUUUGCUACGGGCCAGCGGCGCUCGCCGGUCCGCUGUCCGGCUUGGUCGGCAUCAGUCUCGCCGGCGAGGCGAGGGCGCUCGCGGCGCGGCUGAGGGGCGAGUUCUCGGGGCUCGCCCCCAUGCUCAACGACGUCCUCCGCCGCUACUUGCCCGGCGAGGAGUAUGAAGGCUGGUACCUGGGCAAGUACGCCCAGAAGGGCGGCGAGGUGCUGCACGCCGAAGCCAGCGCGCGGUACCCCAGCAUGAUGUAUCUGGGCAGGGCGGCCGACGCCGUCGCGGUCGCCGCGGGGGUCGUGCCGCCGAGGCCUCCCCCCGCACCGUUCGCGCCGCUGGCACGUUGGGACGAGCAUAGAUUUUGGCAUUAG